AUGAAGUUUUCAACUGUCAUCAUCUCAGCGCUCGGCGUGGGCAGCGCAGUCAACGCAGCCGCCAUCCCAGAAGAAGCAAGCUCGCUCAUCGCACGUUCGAGUUAUGACAUCGCCACAUCACCCGAAACAAGUCACACACUUGAGAAGCGCAAGGGAGGUGGUGGAGGUGGCAGAGGCGGCGGCGGCAGUUCUGGUGGCAGCAGUUCUGGAGGCGGUCGCUCUGGCUCAGGCUCUUCGGGCUCUUCAGGCAGCUCUGGUUCCUCAGGCAGCUCUGGAAGUCGAGGCUCUGGAAGUGGCUCUGGCGUGAGACCGAUGUACGGCAGUGGUGGCAACUAUUACGCUGGUGGUGCUACAACGCCAUACAGGUCCGGUGGCCGUUCGCCAGGAGGCAUUGCGCCUUACGUACUUGGUGGAGCCGCGCUCGGUGUGGGAGCAUACGCUCUUUAUGGAGCUGGAGCCCACAUUUACGCCUACCCUCACCCUUACUACUUCCACAACCAAACAGAGGCCGCGCAAAACCAGACGUACACCAAUUCUACGAACUCCACCCUCCCCGUCCGAUGUGUUUGCGCUCAGUACUCUGAGUGUGGAUGUGACGACCAGCAAGACGAUUCCUACUUGGCCUCGAUUGUCGGCAAUGGUUCAGCUUCUGAUAUCAACUCGACUGUCGCUCGCAUCGCCAACGUCAAUGGCACCACAACUCUCAUCGUCAAUGGCACUCUUCCCAACGGAACUACUGCUGCUGGUGGCUCAGAUUCUGCCGCAGGCGCACUGAGAGUACCUGAGUCCGCUGGCAUGUGGAUGCUUGCCGCCGGUGUUGGUGCAUUUGUCUAUGCCAUGUAA